AUGGAAAACAUGAAUAGAGUACAAGACUUUGUCACUUACCUUCGUAAUCCUGUGGUCUUACAAAGAAUUUUAAAUUUGAAUAAUAUCAAUCCAAAUUUGCUCGUUCAAAUUUUACUACGAGCAAAUAAAAGAAAAAAUAUUACUGCUUACAACUUGCUUAAAGCAAGAGUUAACGAAGAAGGAUUUUUAGUAAAUGUAACUGAUGGAUUUAUUAUUGGAAAAUCUGCAGAAAUAAUAUGGAAAAACUUUACGGCCGCAGAAAAAAGUAUAUUCAUUACUUCUGCAAGUCAAAUCCGAUCUAGACUUGCUUUCUGCUGA